CCGGUGCCUCUACCACGUCAAGAAAAACAUUUAAGAACAUUCCAGAAUUUCUCUUGCGUUCCAUUUGUAUUCCGAACAAUUAGAAUCGAUUUUCUCACUAUACUUUAGAUUCCAAGUUAACCAAUCACGUGUUGAUUGCUAUGUGACUUGUAUUCUACAUUGCUAUGGGAGGAAUUGAUAAUUGGAUGUCACGUGAUCGAUUUCCGGAGAUUUGCAACCACCUCCAUUGGUUGUAAAUAAGUUUCGACCAUAAAUGUCUCUACUUCUUCCAGUUAUACAUUUUCUUAUUGAUGCCUACGUAGUAGUUGAAUACAUCGCCAGCGAUAUUACAUUCUAAAAAGUAAGCAAGUUCUACCGAAAUGCAAUAGGCUAUAUUUCAAAACGUAUUCAUGGAAUAACUCCAUUCCAAGCCCCAAAGAUGGCUUAAUUCCCUUAAUUCCGUAACGUGGCACUUACGAUGCAGUUUAUAAAGAGCUACUUCCGUGGUGGUUUGGGAAACAGGCGUAAGUCUGUCGUAACGAAGUCCCACAAGGCCCAGUGUAUCGUUAAAUCAUCAUAUGUGCUAUGCUAUCGGGAAACCUGGCCCAGACCAUUGGUGUUAAGAAGAGUAGGGUUUAGGAAAUGACUGAAGGUAAGAACAUAUCUACUUGCUGUUCUGUAGGCAAGCACCAUGGUCUCUUAGUGAAUGCAAGUUUCAACUAAAGCCAGUGGUGUGUGUGGAGGGCCAGGGUGACAUCAGAGAAUUUGGGAAGGUUUGAGACCAGGUGGCUGGAUGAGUUGCGGAUGUUUGAUGCCACAAGCAGGGACAUUUUAAUGAGGUGGGGCAACUCUUAAUAAAUAAAUUGAACCCAAACUGACAUUAGCUUCGGAUUCCUAUAGAAGAACUAUUGUGUGAGUCAAAACCCCUAAACCGCAAAUAUGGUUCAGUGGACAUCAACUGAGCUCAGCGCUAUAGAAGGCGUUUGGGGAAGGAUCAGCACUGAUGAGAUUGGAGCCCAAGCCGUGGCCAGACUUCUGAUCGUGUUUCCAUGGAUUCGGUGGUAUUUCAGCCGCUUCGGUAACCUGGCCGACCCAGCUGCCAUCAUGAGUAACCUCAAUGUGAUUAGUCAUGGGAAGACGGUGAUGCGUGCACUAGACAAGGCUGUGCAGAACCCAUUUAACAUCGAGAACACCUUCGCUGCACUGAGUGUGAUCCAUUCCGAGAAACUGCAUGUGGAUCCUGACAACUUCCUGCUCUUGGCCGACUGCAUAACGGUGUGCAUUGCCGCAAAGUUGGGCCCCACCGUUUUCAAUGUUGAUACCCACGAAGCCUUCCACAAGUUUAUGUGUGAGGUUGUGUCCGCUUUUAAAAAACGGUACCACUAGAGCAUUACUAUAUUACAGAGAUGUUGUUCAACAGCUCCAGAAUUAAAUGCUGUUGUCUUUCAAUGUCAAUAAAACGCAU